AUGGAAAUAAUUUAUAAUAGUGAUGUUGAUGGUUUUGAAACAAGGGCAUUAAAUAGUAAAAUUAGGUACCAAUCAAAUUUGGUGUUUAUUAUUAUUACAAAUAAUGAACAAUUCGGUUUUUAUACUUCUGAUAUUGUUAAUGCAUUAAAUAAUGAAACUACUCAAGUCACUUCUAACGAAAUGUUUUUAUUUGUUUUAAAUGGAAAAGGUACUUAUCCAUUUAAAUUAGAACGUAAAGAUACACUGAGGAGUUUUACUGUGUAUUCAGACAAAGAAAGUUAUUUUCUUUUUACUUGUUUUUGCGCAUUUUGGGUUACAUCAGAUGGACAACUUAGAAUUCAUCAACUUUUAAAAGACCGUUACGUUCUGCCCCAAAAAAUGAUUAAUCCAAUUACUGAUAGAAAUAAUUCUGAGAGGGGUUAUUGUAAAAAAGUUAUUGUAAUCAAAAUGAGUUAA